AUGAAGAAAGAUACUGGGGAAUUCUUAUGGAGUUCUCAGAAGAAGGCCGAGCAAAGCCUCAGAAAGAUGACUUCCACACCCUUUGUAUGGGCACUGCGAUUGGAAGAUCUACCAAACAAGUUUUCACCCCCGACGUUUGCAGUCUAUGAUGGAAAAACAGAUCCUGUAGCACAUAUUUCAACCUACACUCAUAAGAUGGCUCUUUGGGCAGGUCGAGACGAACUCAUGUGCAAAAUGUUUCCGUCAAGCCUCGGGACAACAGCCAUGAAAUGGUUCCAUCAACUUCCAGAGAAUUCAGUUUCAUCUUGGAGGGAAGUGGCCCGGAUCUUCGUAGGAAGAUUCAUAGCAAAUAGUCGAGAUCCAGCAACAUUGGAUACGCUGUUUGCUUUACAUCUGAGGAGAGGAGAAUCACUCAGGGCUUAUGCUGCCAGGUAUUUAGAUACCUAUGCGGAUAUAGAAGAUUGUGAUGAAAGGACCGCAGUGGCUACUUUUUGCCUUGGGCUCCCUCGUGAUUAUAAAUUGCGAGAGAGUUUGACGAUGGCUCCACCUAAAAGUAUGGCCGCACUCCAGGACAGGAUUAAGCAAUACAUCGCGGACAAACCGUAUUUUCGACGGCCAAAUAAGAUGUCAGGGGAUCUGUCCACUCGAAACCAGUCCAAAUGGUGUUCCUAUCAUAAAGACAAAGGCCACAAGAUAGAAGACUGUAGAGAGUUCAAACGGCAUUUGGAAGAAUUGGUUCAACAGGGGCAUCUUAAGAAAUUUAUUGACAAAGAGAAAACCACUGUCGAAAAGAAGGCAGAACCUCAGUUAAAGGAGCAGGGAGAACCUUCACACUAUGUGGUUAAUUUUAUUGAUGCAAUGGUACCGAAUGCACAAUUUGGUGAUGAGAUAAGGCGAAAGGCAUUGGCAACAGAGAGACCAAGGGAGGCAAUUACAAUCACUUUCACCAAGGAAGAUGCAACAGGAGUGAUCUUUCUGCAUAAUGAUACUCUUGUGAUCUCCCUGCAAAUCGGAGCAGCAACAGUGAAGCGAAUGAUGGUAGACCAAGGAAGUUUAGCAGAGAUCAUGUAUUAUUCACUUUUCCAGAAGUUAGGGAAAACUCAUGCAGAUUUGAUUCCUGCUCCAACACAUAUGGUGGGACUUAAUGCAACCCUAGUUUGGCCGCUUGGAAGGAUAAGAAUGCCAAUCACGGCAGGUCCAAGAACCAUAGAGGUGGAUUUCCUUGUUAUAGAUCUACCCUCGACAUGUAAUGCAAUCAUGGGUAGGACUUGGCUUCACUUAAUGGAGGUUGUUCCCUCAUCUUAUCAUUAG